UUGCGUGCAUUCAGAUAUAAGCUAUAGGAAAUGAAACACUAUUAUUUUUGUGCAUUAUUGGCAAUUUUGCAAGCGAUUGGUAGUUCAUUUGGGUAUCGUCCUGUCAUCAUUAUACACGGCAUUUUGGACAGUGCAUCGGAUUUAAAAGAUCUCCAAUACUAUAUCAAAAAGGCUCAUCCUGGGACACCCGUUCACGCGAUAGAUCUUUUCGAUUACUACAAGAGUUUCAAGCCACUGUGGCAUCAAGUUGAAGCCAUAAGAAAUGUUACGUUGCCUAUAAUGAAAGCCGCUAAGGAUGGUGUUCACGUCAUCGGAUAUUCACAAGGAGGAUUGGUAGCUCGUGGAAUCAUUCAGACAACCGAUAAUCAUAAUGUACGUUCGUUUAUAGCACUGUCAUCGCCUUUAAAUGGGCAAUAUGGCGAUACAUAUGUUUUCAGUUGGUUAUUUCCCCACUAUCUGAAGGAAGAAUUAUAUAAAUUAUUCUAUACUGCUUACGGACAGGAAUGGUCCAUUGGAAAUUAUUGGAAAGAUCCACACGAAUUCGACAAGUAUCAGACGUACAGCGACUUUCUUGCGCAACUCAACAACGAAACCAAGCCUGAGAAGAGCAGAUUUAAGGAAUCGUGGCGAACCAAUUUUUCUAAACUAAAAACUGUGGUUUUGGUAGGCGGUCCAGAUGAUGGUGUAAUUUCACCCUGGCAGAGCGCUCAGUUUGGAUUCUAUGACGAACAGGAAUACGUUAUUCCAAUGAGAAAACUAAAGAUUUACAAAGAAGACGUAUUCGGACUUCGUACGUUAGACAAGGCGAAAUCUCUUCUUACCUGUACUUUCGCGGAUGUAGGACAUCUUCUCUGGCACAAAAACAUCACAGUGUUUGAAAAAUGCAUAGAACCUUACUUAACAUAGUCUAGUUUUGGCAUACCAUAUACAUUGUAAACUAAACUCAGGGAACACUAACAUGCGUAAAAAAACGUUUGCUCUGUAGGAUUUGUUUUGUUGCGCGGAUGUAUAGCCCACUCCGUUUAUGCCCACAAACACACUACCUCUUAGUAUGUAUGGCAUAACGCAAAGCAGUGUGCUUACGACCCGCGCAAUGAGGUGGUCUAAGAGUAAUUCAAAUGAUAAUGCUUAAUAUUGUAAUGUUGUAUGCUGCAUGGUAUUUGUAAAUAAGCUUGUGUGAAUAUUAAUUUAAAUUAUUUUUGCAUUUAUACUAAUUAUAUUGUGUCUAACACAUCUGUUUCGCCAUUGUGAAUUUUUUAUUUUUGACUUGUGUUAGAAACGCCGACUUUACACUCCUUCGUAGUUACCCUUUCUUUGGUACUCGUGUAAAUAUUGUACAAAAUUUGUGUAAUUUCUUCAUCUUGUUCCAAAUAUAUUUAAUCAUAAACCCGA